AACGCACCGCUACUCUGAGUGCUCUCGCAUCCUGAUCUACAGAAAGCUGAGUCUCCUGGAAGGUUUCGAAACUGCAUGUGUUUUGUUUACACGAAUUUAAGGUCAAGUCUGUUUUGAAAAGUUCAGAAAUCCCAUUUUUCUCUGUAACGCCGACGAAAUCCAGCGGCAUAUCCGCGUCCGCGAUCGGAGGAGUGUGCUCACGUGAUAUCACAGCUAAAAGUAGUAUCUUUCCUCAGAAAUGGUAUAGGUUACCUACAGUAUGGCGGUUUCACCUGGCUGUAAAGUACGCGUACUGUACGAUUUUGAAGGUGAUCGACCUUCUGGAGAACUCGUCGUCUACGCGGACGAAAUUCUGACCGUGACCAGAACGGACGUCGGAGAGGGUUGGUGGGAAGGAGUUGGACCCGACGGAUCUAGAGGUCUGUUUCCUGAGGCCUAUGUAGAGCUAGCAGAGUAUCCAGCACCACAGUCUGACAACCUCCGUCCUUUACCUUCGGCACCUCUGUAUAAUCAGGGCUCAGUGGAUGGAGCAGAUGGAUGGGAUGAUGAUUGGGAUGAUGAUGAAACUGUCAGCAACUACAGUGGGGGAGACCAGGAGUCAACAAUCUCAUCAUUACCAAGGAGAGGAACCAAUUCAGGAAUGGUUAGAACAGGGACAGUUCGAAAGAGUAUGAACAGGUUCUCGUACUUUGUGAAAUCUGGUGGAGAAGCUUUUGUCAUUGGUACACAACAGACAGAUGUAAAAGUUCCACAGAAUGAGAAAGUAUCGAUCAUGGAAGACAGAAAGCGGAUUACUUGGUGUAGCCACCCAGACCCAUUCACAUGUGUGAUAAAUUCCCCUGAGAAAAAAAGUAAAUUUAAAGGGAUGAAGAGUUUUAUUGCGUACAACAUAAUACCCAGUAAUACUGGAGUUGUUGUCAGCAGACGGUACAAACAUUUUGAUUGGCUGUUUGGCCGCUUGGUUGAAAAGUAUACAUGUAUAUCAAUUCCACCAUUACCAGACAAACAAAUCACAGGGAGAUUUGGUGAAGAGUUUGUGGAGAAAAGAAGAGAUAAACUUCAACUGUGGAUGAACAGAAUAUGUCUUCAUCCUGUGCUAUCUCAAAGUUUGGUGUUCAAACAUUUUAUUACAUGUGGGGAGAAUGAGAAGGAAUGGAAGCAAGGAAAACGAGCAGCAGAGAGUGAUAAACUUGUUGGUGCAUCUUUUUUUAUGACAGUAGACCGACCCCAAGAAAGAUUAGAACUUGUGCCAGUAGAAAAUAGAAUAGAACAAUUUGGACGAUUUAUCAAAAGUAUGGAUGAAAGUGUCAGGGCAAUUCAGGACAGAGGUCAAGUGCACUGUGAGAAGUGCCAAGGAUCAUACAGGAAUGAAUAUAAGAAGAUUGGUAGCACUUUUGGAUCUCUUAGCACAGCUUUUGCUAUUGAUGAAGAUUCGCCAAGUUCUCAACAAUUAACUCAAGCAGUAGAGCAUACAGCAAAAAUUUAUGAUGAUAUUGGAGAAAUGAUAGCAGAACAGCCCAAGAAUGACUUUUUACCUUUGUUAGAAGGACUUAAGGAAUAUUCAGGAAUGCUAAGCACCUACCCAGAUGUACUACAAGUUCACAAGGGUACAAUUGGCAAAGUGAAAGAAUGUCAGAGACUUAAGGAUGAAGAGAAGAUGGAGGAUUCUACUUUUGAAGAAGUUUGCUCACGAGCAGACACCAUAACAUAUGUUUCAUAUGCUGAAAUGAGCCAUUUUCAUGAUCAAAAAGUUAAAGACUUUAAAAGUAUGAUGCAGCACUUUCUACAAGAACAAAUCAGCCAUCAUCAAAGGGUAAUACAGAAGUUAGAAGAAUCCUUGAAGAUGUAUGAUAACGUUCAAAUAUAACUCAUCAUGAUCCUUUUCAGACCUUGAUUCUCCUGUGAAAUACAUGCAUCUCUUAUUUUUUACAUACAAUGAAACAUGCAAGUAGUAAUGGUUAUAGGACUGAGUGGAGUCCAGUUACAUCUGUAGUCAUACAAGUGAUUAGCAAGUGGGAGUCCAAUUUGUUAAUCACAAGUAUGAUUACAGACAGAAUUGGACAACACAAAGUCCUGUUACUAAUAAAUCAAAACUAUGACAAAAUUAAAGAAAGAAACAAGACAUUCGUUCUACAUUUUUAUAACAAAAAAAAAACCAGUUAACUCGCCAAAAUGUAAAGCAAUAGUAUGCGCACAUAAUGUGUUCUGUCCACUUACUCAGGCAUAAAGUGUUAAUUAUCCCUGGUAAUAAGCAAUCACCUUCAAGAAUUUUGUUAUAGUUUUGAUUAUCAGCUUAGUUUGUCAUCUGUGCAAGUAAAUGUAAAGAGAGGAAAUAAUUAUUAUGAUAAGAAAGCACUUUUUGUUACAGUGAGUAUCUUGUUAACCCUUUUACUCCCAAGAUCUCAUUGGCAACUCUCCUUACUGUCUGCCAUACAGUUCUUGUGCUGUUAGUUUGGAGAAUUUGGUUUUGGAUCCAUUCAUAAUCCCCUAAUUGAUAUUUUUCUUUAUUCUCAUCACUUGUCUGCUUGAUAUUGUACUGAUAUUGUGGGGAGAAAUUCUGUCUUGGUCACUCAUGGGAGUGAAAGGGUUAAGAGAGGUUCUUUGAAGCAGUUAUGAGGGUUGCAGUCACAUUAUAGAAAAUUGUAUUUUUGAUUCUAUAAUCUGAUGGAAAUUACAGUCUGUAGUACCUCUUCUAUACUUAUGCAAAAAUAACAUUUUGAUAUUAAAAUAGAAUCCUUUAAUGAAGCAAAAAAUUAUUUUAUGAAGAACAAGCAGUCUUUCUAUGUACAUUGUAUUUUAAUAUAUGAUUAUAAGAUCUUGAAAAUAGUAGAAAUUGAUAGAGCUGUAGAACUUGUUAUUACUCAGAGCAUUAACUUUUGUGACACUUGACCCUUUAACUCCUAGAUAAAAUUUUUGAUUCUCCUUACAGUCAACCAUAUAAUUCUUAUAGUGUUGGUUCAGAGAAUUUAGUAUUGGGUCCACUAAUUCUCCCCAAACUGAUAUUUUUCUUAAUUCUCAUCACUUAUCUGGUUGAUAUUGUAUUGAUAUUGUAAGGAGAAAUUAUGUCUUGGUCACUCAUGGGAGUUAAAGAGUUAAGGAGAGAGAAAGAGAGAGAGGACUAGGAAAAUGACAUACAAGCAAACCCACAUGAUUUUUGAACACCUGAAAUAUUUCAGAACUGUUUUUGUGUUGAGGAAGAAGCCAAUUAGAUGUGAGAUUAUGAACUGUAAUGACCAGUUGUUAUAAGAUUGUGAUAAACAGUCCCAAAAUAUUUCAAGUGUUCACCAUGUCUUUAGCUGGAUUGUAACCUUGCAUGCUGGCUGUGAAAGUGUUCUUCUUGCACAGUACUUUAAAAAAAAAAGAAUAGCCAAGAAUGAUAAAAAAUUGAUUUAUUGUAAUUGUACUGUACUAGGAUAUAAUAAGCACUCCCAAGAUCCAAUUAGAAUUUCUCGUUAUAGACCAUCAUAAAUUUCCUUUUAGAUUGGAUUAACAGAAUUUGAUCUUAGAUCAAGAUAAAACCCUCUAGCUGAUAGGCUCAUCUUUUCUCAAAGCCUGUUUAUAAGAGAACUUAAGGGAAUUGGGAGAAGUUACAUUUCAAUCACUUCUGGGGAUUAAAGGCUUAAUUAACUGGCUGUUGGUCAAGAAACAAGCUGAUACAUGUAGCAAAGACAGAACUCAAGAUAGAGACAGAAUUUAAGCUUAAUUAUGUGGAGAAUUGUUAGAAAUUCUAAGAAAUUAUGACGCAAAAUGGAUAGUUAGAGGGUUAAAACGAAAAAAACUUGUGAGGGUGAAUCGCAUGGAUAUUUGCUCAGACAAACAACAAAUUCUUAGAAACAUCUGAGACAAAUGUGUGGCUUUGAAAUUAUAACAAGGGUGGUUGGUCAGUACAUCUUGAAUGUAAUCAAGGUACUGGUACCUGGGAUUGUAAAUAUUUAGGGCAUAGUUAGAAUUUUUCAAUGGUGAGCACUAAUUUUUCUUAGUAAAGAUCUUUUCCUCUAUUGUUAAUAUGCAGUAAUUUUCUGACACAAUUAUGAUUUGUGCUCCCUCAGCUGUAUUUGUAAAUUAACAGAAAAUUGGUACAGAACAAAGGAGAAAAAAAUAAUAAAUGCAAAUUUCACUA